GGCGGGCGCCUAACGCGGCGCGGGCGGGACGGGCGGGUGGCCGUGGGGGAUGCCGCUCGGCGCGCCGCAGUUCUCGGUCCAGUGAGCGCCACCGCAGCCAUGACGGUGGAGUUCGAGGAGUGCAUCAAGGACUCGCCGCGAUUCAGAGCAACCAUCGAUGAGGUAGAAACAGAUGUGGUCGAGAUCGAGGCCAAAUUGGACAAGCUUGUCAAGCUGUGCAGUGGUAUGAUCGAGGCGGGCAAGGCCUAUGUCACCACCAACAGGCUCUUCGUGAGCGGCGUCCGAGAUCUGUCCCAGCAGUGCCAGGGUGACACGGUCAUCUCGGAAUGUCUGCAGCGGUUUGGAGACAGCUUGCAGGAGAUGGUCAACUUCCACACGAUCCUGUUUGACCAGGCCCAGAGAUCUGUGCGACAGCAGCUCCACAACUUCAUCAAAGAGGAUGUGCGGAAAUUCAAAGAGACCAAGAAGCAGUUUGAUAAGGUACGAGAGGACAUGGAGCUGUCCUUGGUGAGGAAUGCCCAGGCCCCGAGGCACCGACCCCAUGAGGUGGAGGAGGCCACGGGUGCCCUCACGCUCACCCGCAAGUGCUUCCGCCAUCUGGCACUGGACUACGUGCUCCAGAUCAAUGUUCUCCAGGCCAAGAAGAAGUUUGAGAUCUUGGAUUCUAUGCUGUCCUUCAUGCACGCCCAGUACAGCUUCUUCCAGCAGGGCUACAGCCUCCUGCACCAGCUUGACCCCUACAUGAAGAAGCUGGCAGCCGAGCUGGACCAGCUGGUGAUCGACUCUGCUGUGGAGAAGCGGGAGAUGGAGCGCAAGCAUGCUGCCAUCCAGCAGCGGACGCUGCUGCAGGACUUUUCCUACGAUGAGUCCAAAGUAGAAUUUGACGUGGAUGCACCCAGUGGUGUGGUGAUGGAGGGCUAUCUGUUCAAGAGGGCCAGCAAUGCCUUCAAGACAUGGAACCGGCGCUGGUUCUCCAUCCAGAACAGCCAGUUGGUCUACCAGAAGAAGCUCAAGGACGUGCUGACUGUGGUGGUGGAUGAUCUCCGUCUGUGUUCCGUGAAGCCGUGCGAGGACAUUGAGCGGAGGUUCUGCUUUGAGGUCGUGUCACCCACCAAGAGCUGCAUGCUGCAGGCUGACUCAGAGAAGCUACGCCAGGCUUGGGUUCAAGCCGUGCAGGCCAGCAUUGCCUCUGCCUACCGUGAGAGCCCUGACAGCUGCUACAGUGAGAGGCUGGACCGCACCGCAUCCCCAUCCACAAGCAGCAUUGAUUCCACCUCAGACUCGCGGGAGCGCAGUGUCAAAGGCGAGAGUGUGCUACAGCGGGUGCAGAGUGUGGCUGGCAACAGCCAGUGUGGUGACUGUGGCCAGCCGGACCCCCGCUGGGCCAGCAUCAACCUGGGGGUACUGCUUUGCAUCGAGUGCUCAGGCAUCCACAGGAGCCUUGGUGUCCACUGCUCCAAGGUGCGAUCUCUGACACUGGACUCCUGGGAGCCAGAGCUGCUGAAGCUGAUGUGUGAGCUUGGAAACAGCACCGUGAACCAGAUCUAUGAGGCCCAGUGUGAGCGCCCUGGUAGCAGAAAGCCCACAGCCAGCAGCCCCAGACAGGACAAGGAAGCCUGGAUCAAAGACAAAUAUGUGGAAAAGAAGUUCCUUCAGAAGCUGCCCGCAGUACCUGCCCUGGAAGCCCCAAGGCACUGGCGGGCACAGAAGUGCCCGCGACCCCACAGCUCUCCCCGUGUCCCCACCACCCGCCGCAAGGCCAGGCUUGAGCCUGUGCUCCCCUCCUUGGCUGCUCUGUCCUCAGCAGGCACUCUGGAGCGCAGGUUCCGCCGGGACUCCCUCUUCUGCCCAGAUGAGCUGGACUCCCUGUUCUCCUACUUUGAUGCAGGGGCUGCGGGGGCUGGUCCACGCAGUUUGAGCAGCGACAGUGGCCUGGGGGGCAGCUCCGAUGGCAGCUCCGAUGUCCUGGCCUUCGGCGCGGGCUCAGUGGUGGACAGCGUCACCGAGGAGGAGGGCGCGGAGUCUGAGGAGUCCAGCGGAGAGGCGGACGGGGAGGCCGAGGCCUGGAGUCUGGCGGAUGUACGCGAGCUGCACCCCGGGCUGCUGGCGCACCGCGCGGCGCGCACCCGUGACCUCCCCGCGCUGGCCGCGGCGCUGGCCCACGGGGCCGAGGUCAACUGGGCAGACGUGGAGGACGAGGGCAAGACUCCGCUGGUGCAGGCGGUGCUGGGGGGCUCCUUGAUUGUGUGUGAAUUUCUUCUGCAAAAUGGAGCUGACGUGAACCAAAGAGACAGCCGGGGCCGCGCACCCCUGCAUCACGCCACGCUCCUGGGCCGCACCGGCCAGGUCUGCCUGUUCCUGAAGCGAGGUGCCGAUCAGCACGCCCUGGACGAGGAGCAGCAGGACCCGCUGACCAUAGCCGUGCAGGCUGCCAACGCAGACAUCGUCACGCUGCUCCGCUUGGCGCGCAUGGCGGAGGAGAUGCGAGAGUCUGAGUCAUCAUCUGGCCAGCCAGGUCCCCUGGUAGGCAGCAGCCCCACCGAGCUCCAGUACCGCAGGUGUAUCCAGGAAUUCAUCAGCCUCCACCUGGAGGAGAGCUAGGGCCGGGCCUGCCGGGCAGCUGUGGGACCACAGCCUGCCUGGCCUGGAUGCCCUGCAUGUCCCUGAAGACCCUGGCCCCAGCCCAGCCACGGCCCUGUGCGUGUGGACCGUGGGUCCAUCCUGACAGCCCCGGUGCCCGGGCGCUGCUGGAGCCCACUUGCCUGCUCAUCCCUCCCUCUGGUGCCUGGACCCUGGGAUGGGAGGGGUACCCCAGCACUGAGUCCUUUGAAACCCCACAUUUUGGGGGGUGCUGCAUCAUCUGGUGCCCCUCACCCACCCGAGGACCCUCUGGCCUCAGGUGGCCCCUCUCUGGGGGCCCAGGUUGCUCACAAACCACUCUUAAAUCCCAUGUCACUUCGUGCCCCUCUGCCCUCAGGGCCUAUGUCACCUGGUGCCCCCACCUUCACUGCCCCAGAGCAAUGACCCGCUAGCUGGGUCCCCCUGUAUCUCCAGAGGCCCUCCUGUGAGCCAGAGCUGGUGGCUGGCCACCAGUGCCCUCACAGGCAGGAGUGCGGCCCAUCCAGGGAACCAACCCAAGUACCUCACUUAGUGACCCAGCAUCCAGGCUGGGCUUCGCGGGUGCUGGGUGGAUGGGGCUCUGGCCUAGGGUCACCGCCCUGGCUGGACGCGGGCGUCCCGUGGCCAGGUGGCUGGCCAUGCCAGCCCCCAGUGCCAGAUCUGUCCCUGCCUCCUCCAGAGACAGAUCUCAGGCGCUUGGCCCAGAGCCUGUGCAUAAAGCAACUGGCCCUUCCCACCCCAAGCCUGAUGCUCUUUGUUACCCACCGAGUGGAUUUUCUACAAUGACCUCGUUCUUGUCUGCGUCUUUUUUCUGUGGACUCUCGAGGACCACCCUGACCCCGGCUCUGCCUGCCACUGGGGGGAGGCUCCAUACCUCUUGCCCUGCCUCCUGGCUAGCCUUGCCCCUUGGGCUGGACCCUCCAAUGGGUCCAGGGGUCUGUCCCUCACUUGUGGGCCCACAAAUGCCUUUUUUCUGAAAGAGCCCAGAGACUGGGUCUCUUCAAAACUAUGGGCUCUUGGUCAGGUCCAGGCCAGUCAGCUGGUCACUAUGCAAAUGCUGCCCAGGGAGGCUCCAUGGGUGGUAAGGUGGGGACUGGACUGGGCGCCUGACUCCCUUGCCUGCUGGCUGUGACCCUAAAGAGCAGAAUUAGCUUCUUUCUCCCUGCUUGAGCUCUGCCCACCGCCCACCCUGCCAUCCUCUGGCUGGCAGGACCCCACACCCCUGCUCUGAUCACUCCCGGUUAAUAAACCUGCGGCCUGUGCCCAUUGCCUGCUCAUUGGC